AAGCCCAAAUAGGGUGCCAGGCAGAGUUUCUCUCAGAGUGACACUGGCCCCCAAACAGCAGAGAACUUCAGAGAAACCACUGAGGUCUGAAGUAUAGGCAAGACUCAUAACAGCAGAGAUCCUGAAGACCUGCACUCAGAGGUAUGGAGCGCUUUGAUUUAACUACAGAAGAUUUAGCAUCGCUUUUAGGUUCCACUUAUGAGUAUGAUUUCAAUUACACUGAUAUGGAUUCUGUCACCGAGGCCAACGUUACUGACGUUGUGGAGCUGUGUGUACCCAGCAGAGAACAGGAGCUGACCAUUACUGCUGUCCAGACCACGGUCUUCCUCCUCGUCUUCUUCUUAGGUGUAAUUGGUAACGGGCUGGUCAUUGCCACCUUUGCACGAUACCGCCGUCUACGUCUACACUGCAUGACUGAUGUCUUCCUGUUCUACCUGGCUCUGUCCGACAUGCUGCUUUUGUUGACUCUUCCCUUACAGACGGGAGAGACUCUGAUCGGCAGCUGGGAGUUUGGAGAGGGGCUGUGCAAGCUAAACCGCGGUAUGUACGCCAUCAACACCUACAGCGGCCUGCUGUUGUUGGCUUGCAUUAGCGUUGAUCGCUAUUUGGUGGUGGUUCGCACCAGGGCUGUGCGGAAGAGGAGUUCUGGGACUCUGUUUUACAGCAUGCUGUCUGCGGUUGGUGUCGCAGUAACUUCUGUCUUCCUGAGUCUGCCAGACUUGCUCUUCAGCUCCGUGGAGAACGAUAUGGGUUCAGACAUCGUCUUGUGCGAUAUGAAAGUUUGGGGCGAUGAAGUGAGUAAAUGGAAGCUGUGGGCCCAGAUGGCAAAGAUCGCAGGAUUCUGCAUCCCUUGUGUGGCGAUGGUGGUGUGUUACGGCGCGAUCGGACGCGUCUUGAUCCGUGCCGGUGGCAAAUGUUGGCGCAGACAGAGGACUUUGCGCCUGAUGGCACUUCUGGUGGUUCUUUUCCUCCUGUUCCAGCUUCCUUACACGAUGGUGCUUCUGAUUAAAAUAUUCACACCCACUCAGAAACACUGCGAAGAAUGGACCAAGUUCCACCUUCAGGAAAACAUAACGCGCAAUCUGGCCUACGUGAGGUGCUGCCUGAACCCUUUGCUCUACGCACUUGUUGGCGUCAGAUUCAGAAACGACAUUAUCAGGCUGUUGAUGGACACCGGGUGUGUGUGCGCGUGUGUGUCCUAUAUAACGCCACAGCAUGACAACGGAAGCUCCGUCACACCAUCGUCUCCGGCUCCAACCAUACUUUCACCCUUCCCAUCUUCUUACCUGUCUGCCAAGAAAACACCUGCCCUGAACACACCCGCCACAGACACAGCUGAAACAUUCAUUUUCCCAACACCUAUCUCUGGAAAAAUGACUUCAGUUAUAAGCUGGUGUCAUCAAUAAAUGCACAUUAGAUUAUCAGAAAAAAAUAAUUUCUCAUUUUAAAGGUAAUAAGUAUAGA